CCCUAAUAAAGAGCUGGCCACUACUGAACUUGAGCCUAAAGGUAAAUUGGAAAGAUUUGAAUGGGAGGCACAAACCAUCCUUAUCCCUAAGAGGAAGAGAAUAGAGAAUAAAUUUCAUUUGCUUUCCUUCCUCUGCCCUCACACUCUGUACCACAUCAUGUAUGUAAGGUCUUUCUGUCCAUGUCUUUAUUUUUCUGCUUAUAAAGUAUUUAUUGUAAUGUAAAUGUAAAAGGUUAUUAUAGGAAAUUCAGUCAUGUGAUGAAAACAAUAAAAUCACACAUAACCUCACCAUCUAAGAGUAACCACUGCUAACAUUUUGGUGUAUUUUCUUCCUUUUCUAUAUGCGUACGUUUUGUCCCACAAAGUUGAAAUCAUACAUACGUGUAAACAUAUAUUAAGUUUUAUAUUUUGAUUUUUCUCACUAAAAAUUAUAUAGUGAGUAUUUUCUGUUAUUUAAUUUUUCUUCAAAAAUGUGAUUGUUUAAAACAAGCUCAGAAUGAUGCCCCACUGUUGGACAUCAUGGUGUUGUUUUAGCUCCACUCUUCCACCACAAUUCCUUGCAAACACUUUUUUAGCCAACAAAUGCAGCUAUAAGAAAUAUUAAGUCUCACGGAGCUCUUUGCCAAGAUUUUGCCGCAACAGCUUGGUAAUAACAGUGUCACCAAGCCUUCUCCCUGGGGGCUGCCACACAACUGUGCCUUCCAAGACGUGCUGACUCCACCUCACUUGCUUCUCACCUGGCUGAUCAGGGAAACCAGCUGUGAUACAGAAUGUCUUUCUUUUUGGCGACUGUCAACAUACUUCUACUUGUUCAUGAUGCCGUGUCUACAGAAGAGUUACAGGCUCACCCUUUCACUGAUGUUACCCUCUCCUGCCAUUUCUCCUUUGUGGAGGGCCCAGAAAAUCUUGAGUUUUCUUGGGAAAGAGAAGACAUCAAAGAGGAAUAUGAGGUAGAGGAUGAUAAAGAAUAUUACCACUUUUUCAGGUACUAUGAUUUUUUUGAAGUUUUCUCAAAGCUGGUUUACCAGUUUCACAAUAACACAGAGCAACUAGAGGAUCAAAACUCCUUGUAUGAGGGAAGAGUCUCUGUAGAUCGGGCUGGAAUUUCUGAGGGGACUCUAUCACUUUUAUUAAGAAAUGUGGAUUUCAUGGAUGAAGCUAUCUACAAGUGCUCAGCCAUCACACCAUAUGGAAGAGGCGAAAGUACAAUUAAGCUAAUAGUAGAAGACUCUGAAAUGCCCCAGGUGCAGUUUGAUAGGAUUAAUGAUGAGGACGUGGCCAUGUGCAUCUCCAAGGGCUGGUACCUUGCACCCAAUGUGACCUGGCUGGACCGGGCAGAAAGGGAUCUGAGCAACCACAGUACUGUGGAGGUCCUGGAGGAGCAGAUGAAUGGCUUCUACAGGGUGUUCUCCAUCCUGAAAUACCCUGUCAAGUUAAAUGAGAAAUAUGUCUGCCGCAUAACAGAGACAGAUGUGAACAACCAGCCCUUCAGAAUCAUACGCAAGUACCCAAGGAGAAGGUAUCCUCAUACCUCUGACUACCGUUAAGAGAUUUGAAUCACAUCCACCCAAGGACCAAACUGUCCUGCCUUUAGCCACUGGAGCUCCUGGUUUUCUCUUGAGGAUGAUAUUCUUUUCGUCCUAGGCACCUGUCUGUCACAAACAGAAAAAAGUAAGGAAAUAACAGGUCCAGUGUGUUAGAUGUUGACUAAGACUAUAGGAGCUCCCUUAUUUUGUCUCUCUUAGGUCUGUAUGUUAAAGUCUUGUUGUUUUUUUAAUCUCUAAUUCUCUGUUUUAUUUAUAAGAUUUACUUUUAUUUGAACUUCUGCCUUUCACAUGUUAAGUUCUCUGGGUAAAACUUAAAAAUCUUAACUGCAAAAUGAAAGACGAUUAAAAGCUGAUGAACUAUC